AUGGAAGCAGAGCACCAUCAAGAGACCUCAAAUGGUAUUGGAAGCCUCUACGUGAAGGUCAUGACAGACGAACAAAUGGAACUGCUGAGGCAACAGAUAUCUGUUUACGCCACCAUUUGCGAACAGCUUGUUGAAAUGCACAGAGCUGUAACUACCCAACAAGACCUCGCAGGGCUGAGGCUGGGUAAUUUGUACUGUGAUCCGUUGAUGGCGUGUUCUGGACACAAGAUUACUGCGAGGCAGCGUUGGACUCCAACGCCUCUGCAGCUUCAAAUUCUGGAGCGUAUUUUUGAUGAGGGAAAUGGCACUCCAAGUAAGCAGAAGAUCAAGGAGAUAACCAUUGACCUGGGCCAACAUGGGCAAAUAUCAGAGACAAAUGUUUAUAACUGGUUCCAGAACAGAAGAGCUCGUUCAAAGCGGAAGCAACUCGCUCCCGCAUCGAAUGUUGUAGAGCCAGAAGCCGAGACAGAAGUUGAAUCUCCAAGAGAGAAAAAAAUACGUGCUGAAAGCGUUCAGAUUAUUCAACCCUUUGAGAAUUCAUCACCUCAUAGGAUCAAGGAUAUGUACAUCCACAGUCCUGACUUAGGUUUUGAGCAAUUGAUGAGUAAAAUAGAAGUUGCAGGCUGUUACAGCUCUUAUUUUCUUUGA